AUCGAAAGAAAAUGGCAGUUCGUCGAAUACAGUAUAUAUGUUCACAAGUAUAUUUUAUUGUGAAAUAAAUAAUUGAAGGACUAAAAGUGAACAUAUAGCUAGUGCAUAUUGAUGUGAUGUUAUCUGUGGGAGGUCUUGAUGGCCAAGCAAUUUGAGUUCCAGUGGCAGAUUCCAGUGCCAGAAUAUUUACAAAAUGGUGCUAUAUUUGAUCGCUGGGAUGAGGAAUCAGGUACAUUGGAACCUAAAUGCUUGGUUAAGGUAGAUGAAAAUGGAUUUUUCAUUUACUGGAAGAGUGAAGGCAGGGAAGGACAAGUUCGUGAAAUUUCCCAGGUGAAUGAUAUCAGAUUAGGACUGGCACCUAAGAUAAAUGAUCCUAAGACUUAUGCUGAAAUCGAAGUAAAAGGGAAUGGUUCAUUGGAAUGGCGAACUGUUACAAUAUGCAGUGGUCUAGACUUAGUGAACAUAACCUAUACACCUUUAAUAGCUGCUGAUGUAGACACCUCAAGGGAAUGGUUUGAAGGGCUGAGACAACUAACACCUAAUACCAAGGCCAACAACAUAUGUCCUAUGACAUCACUGAAAAAACAUUGGCUCAAAUUAUGUUUAAUGGUGAAUCCAAGUGGAAAGAUUCCAGUCAGAAGCAUUACAAGAACAUUUGCCUCUGGAAGAACAGAAAAAAUGAUUAUGCAAUGUUUAAAAGAUCUUGGUUUGCCAGGAGGCAAGUGUGAUGAAAUAGAACCUGCUGAUUUCACUUUUGAAAAAUUUUAUGAAUUUUAUCACAAGAUUUGCCCUAGGACAGACAUUGAAGAUUUAUUUAAAGAACUAAAUGGUGGAACAAACAGAACCUAUUUGACCAUUCCUCAGCUUGUACCUUUCUUUAAUGAUAGACAAAGAGAUCCAAGAUUAAAUGAAAUUCUUUUUCCUUACUACAACAGAAAACGGGUUUUGCAAAUAAUUAAUACAUAUGAAAAGGAUCUGGACUAUGUAAAACAAGAAUGGUUAAGUCUGGAUGGUUUUUGUCGAUAUUUAAUGUCCGAUGAAAAUGCUCCUGUAUUCCUUGAUAGAUUAGACAUUUAUAUGGAUAUGGAUCAGCCAUUAUCACAUUAUUAUAUAAACUCAUCACAUAAUACAUAUUUAAGUGGACGUCAGUUUGGUGGCAGGUCUUCUGUAGAAAUGUAUAGGCAGACAUUAUUGGCUGGUUGCAGAUGUGUAGAAUUAGACUGUUGGGAUGGAACCAGAGAAGACCAGGAACCUAUCAUUACUCAUGGAAAAGCUAUGUGUACAGAUAUACUGUUUAAGGAUGUUAUACAAGCAAUCAAAGAAACAGCUUUUGUUACAUCACAGAUGCCUGUUAUAUUAUCUUUUGAAAAUCACUGCAGUAAAGCUCAGCAAUACAAAAUGGCCAAAUAUUGUGAAGAUAUUUUAGGCGACCUUUUGUUGAAAAGACCUCUAGAAUCAAUACCACUUGAACCUGGCCAGUACCUUCCACCACCCAAUCAGCUACAACAAAGAAUACUCAUAAAGAAUAAAAGGCUCAAACCAGAAGUAGAAAAAAGAAGCUUGGAGUUGUUUAUGAAAGGUCAACAGGAACAGAAUGAUGACCUUGAGAUAGUGUUUGAUGUCAGUGGUGUAGUGGGCAAUGUAGAUGGUGAAGAAGGACCACUCAAUGAUGAUGACAGCAGUUCCAGUAGUGAUAUGUCUGGAGAAGAAAUUAUACAAAACAAACCCAAGCAAACCAAUGGUCCAAUGCAGGCAUCAUAUUUAGAUCCUACAACACCUAACAUAGAUACUGAUGCUCAUCCUGAAUUAAAGUUAUGUCAGUCUAUAGACAACAACAGUCAGGACGAAGAUGAAAAGAAAACAUCAGAUUCAUUUGAAAAAAAAGAAGAGGAUGAGGGAGGAAAUUUGACAGCAGAAGAAGAAAUAGCUUUGAUGUCUAACUAUAAAUACAUUGGAGCCACUACUAACAUACACCCUUACUUGUCAGCAAUGGUUAAUUAUGCACAACCUGUCAAGUUUCAAGGAUUUGAUGUAGCAGAAGAAAGGAACGUACAUUAUCACAUGUCAUCAUUUAAUGAAAACACUGGAUUGGGUUAUCUUAAAACUCAGGUUAUAGAACUGGUCAAUUAUAAUAAGCGGCAGAUGAGUAGAAUAUACCCCCGAGGUGGAAGGGUGGAUUCAAGCAACUACUUGCCACAGAUAUUUUGGAAUGCUGGUUGUCAAAUGGUAGCUCUCAAUUUCCAGACUCCAGAUUUAGCCAUGCAACUUAAUCAGGGAAAAUUUGAAUAUAAUGGCAACUGUGGUUAUUUAUUGAAGCCAGAUUUUAUGAGACGGCCAGACAGAACCUUUGAUCCUUUCUCUGAAAGUCCAGUUGAUGGAAUAAUUCCUGCUCAUUGUUCAGUUCAGGUUAUAUCUGGACAGUUUUUGUCUGAUAAAAAGAUUGGAACUUAUGUUGAAGUUGACAUGUAUGGUUUACCUACAGACACUAUUCGUAAAGAAUUCCGUACCAAGGUUGUUCCGGCCAAUGGAUUAAAUCCUGUAUAUAACGAGGAUCCAUUUGUCUUUAGAAAGGUUGUUCUUCCAGAUCUUGCAGUAUUAAGAAUUGCUGUUUAUGAAGAAACGGGUAAAUUAAUAGGACAGCGAAUUCUUCCCUUAGAUGGCUUACAAGCAGGUUACAGGUACAUAUCACUGAGGACAGAAGGGAAUUUUCCAUUAUCACUACCUACUGUAUUCUGUAGAAUUAUACUCAACACAUAUGUACCAGAGGAAAAGGAAACUUUUGUUGUUGAUUUGAUGAAUCCCAAAAGUAAACAAGAAAUGGUGACAAGUCAACUGACCCAGUUAGGAAUCAGUCCUAAGGACAUUACAGAAGUCCCAAUAACCAGACCUAUAGCCAAGCCUAGUUCUAGUGGAAAUAUAAAUGGACAAGUUACUGGGGAACCAGUACCAGCAGCUAGUGUGAAUAAUGGUCAGCCUAGGAAGGAAGGGGAUGAGCUCAACUUUAAUCUGAUCAACAGAGAAACACUAAUGAAAGAUAAAUCUGUGAUAAAACUAAUUAAAAAACAACAAAAAGAAAUGGAUUUAUUAAAAAAGAAGCACCAAAAAGAAAAAAGUGUAAUGAAUAAACAACAUACAAUGGUUGUGGACACUUUAAUGAUCAAACAUGAUAAAGAAAAACAGGCUACAGAAAAGUCUAUAGAGAAAAAGUUAAAAAGGAAAGGGGAUUCCAGUGCAAGCUUAGAAGAAAAAGGGAAAGUUUCUUCUCUUUUGAAUGAUCACAAGUCAAAGUUAUCAGAAUUGGUAUGUGACCAAACAACAGAAUGGACAGAUAUGGGAAGUAGACAAUUAAAUGAAGAACAUGAAAUGAGAAAACUUCAUAUAGCUCAACAGAAUGAUUUACUGAAGAAAUUGUUUGAUGAUGUCAAACAAGAACAAAUCAAAGAGUUAGAAGCUAGACAUGAAAGGGAAGAGAAAGAACUUAAGGCUAUACAAGUCAAACAGUCAAUGGAAUCGAGCAAGGCAGUACAGAAUGAUAAAACAAUCAAAAACAAGAUGGAGAGAGAAAGGAGAAUAAAAGAACUGAAUGAAAAUAACAUGAAGAAGUUUAUUGAUGAAAUAAAAAGACAGAAAAUUAAACAAGGAAAGCAAAUGAGCAGCUUACAAACUCAUCAUACAAAUCAACUAGAGAAAUUGACACAGGAAAAUAAAAAGGAGCUAGACAAGUGUGAUAUGAUCCACAAAGAAGCAAAAUUAGCUAGUAAGCCUGAGACUGAUGUAUGACAUACACAUGUUUGUAUAGUGUUAAUAAAUUGUGUGUAUAUAUGUACAGUGACCAAUAUAUGUGUACAGUUUUAGAUCUCAGUGCUUUGUUAGCUGUCAUGUGUUUUACAUAACAGUGUGUUUACAUAUGUGCAAUAAUGUUCAAUAUAAUGUAAAUAUUGAACAUUUUUAGUUUAUAUCUCUACUUUUGUUUAUGAAAUGUUCAGCUACAUCCAUAUGAAUGAAUUUCAUGAAAAUAUGAUAUUCCUGGUGCUUUUAAGAUAUUGUACACUUUUUAAAUUCUCAGAUGCAAAAAACUUUUUAUCUGGUGUAUUUAUAAAUUUGUUUCAAAAUAAAGUUGGAUCUUUUUAAUAAAGUUUAUGAUAUUUGAAAUUGUAUAUCCCUUUACUGACAUUUGAUCAUUAGAAAGUGAAUUAUUAUAUAUUAAUCUGGACAUGAUAAGCACUUGAAGUUUGAAUAUUAAAAUAAUUUUAGGUAUUUUAUCCUGAUCUCACAUUAUUUAAAGAUAAUCAUGAUCAGCAUUGAAUAUUUUUUGUGCUCUAUUUCUAUGUUUUAUAAAAACUUUUAAAAUCUGCUUCAUACUUUUUUAUUUGUAAGGAAAAACUUAGUUUUUUUGUUUUUUUAUACAUAUAUUUUAGAAUAAUCAUGUUAGAUCUUUAUAUUUCUAUGUCAGUAAGAAACUAGUUUUUGUGUUCAUAUAUAUUAAAUCCAUCAUUAUGAAAUCCUAAAUCCAAUUAUAAUUAUCGAAUUAAAUUGUCCCAUAUAAUAAAUAAAUUCAUUUAGAUUUGAUGUGAUACCAAAGAUCUAUGAAUUAAAUUGCUAGUUUAAUCUAUCACACUAUGCGGUUUAUAACGAAUUCUGCUUAAACAGCAUUUUUUGUAUCAUUUUUGUUACUCAGCUAAGGCUAUUCAAAUGUAUGUGGGAGGAUAGGAGGACAAGUUUUAUUUUAAGACAUUGGUUGUUAUUAAUUAAUGGUUGUAUGUCUAUUUAUUGUGUAUGCAAAAUUUCAUCUCCAAAAAGAAAGUAUGUUGGCUAACAUUUUGAAAGUACUGUCUCACAUCCAUUUUAAUUGAAUAACCUUAAGAGUUGUCUCCCCUUUUGACAGGUAUUUCCAUAACUAAAGACUUUAUUUAUGGACAAAGACUAGUUACCAUCACCUGCCAUUAUUGCAAUAAUAUACAUGUUUCAUAAGUACUACUUACUGCUGUUUACUUCAAGCAAUCAUGUAAAUUUCAAUUUGGUUGAAUUGAUAAGAUAGGUAAAUUUAUAAUUUUUUUAACAUAUUAUGGAAAGAAAAAUUGGCAGGGAUGUGAAGUCAUCAUUUUAUGAUGAACUUGAUGUUCGAGAAUUGAAAUGUUUCAUGGAAAUAAAAAAUUUACAUUUCUUUAGAAAAUAGAUUUAAAAAAAAUAAAGUUAUAUAUAUAUAAAUUUCAAAGCUAACUCUACAGCACAUUGCAUGUUGUUGAUUUCAAGUGACUGAUAUUUUUAGAUUCAACGAAAGGAACAAAUUUGAAUUCACAUGCACAAUUAUUUUAUGUUCAACAAGAUAUUUUGAUUUCUUGCAUGAUAGUAAAACUUGAAAUACAACUUCCAAUUUUGAGGCAAUUUCCUUAAAAGUAUAGAUUCACAAAUAACUAAUAGGUCUGCAGAUACAUAUUGAUUAUUCACAGAGAAUUUAAGGUUGAAAUAAUAACAAUAAUCAAGCAUAAAUUCAUUUUUUUAACAAUAUAUGACAAAAAUUACAUAAUAUGUAACAUAUUUGUUAAUGGAAAAUAUUGAGCACAUGCAAGUACCACAAAAAUAAUUACACUAGAGGUGCUGUUCAUACAGACAAACAUCAUGGUCAAUUAUUAAGUUGGUACUAGCAGGCAAAUAAACUAUUAAAAAAAAAACCGACGAUUAUAAAUCUGUAAUUUCUUUUCAUGACGCAUAGAAGGGACAUUUCUAUUAACUAAUCACAUAUUUUGUGACAUAAUGUAUCAUAUACUAUCUGGUUUUUUUUUACCUACACUUUAAAAUAGACUUAAAUGAAAAUCUGAAAUUAAUCCUUCAAAUUUCAGUGAAAAGCUAAGCC